GGCGAUAUCCCCAACAAAACAAAGGCACGUACAUUCAGGUUCCUUUGGUUAGUGAGCUGGAAAGUGGGAAAUGGGGAGCUAAGAUCACCCAGAACGAGAACAACUCUGUCAGCCUGACCAUCUUGUCAGCACCAAACUGCAUUGUGGGAAAGUUCCGCAUGUAUGUCGCUGUCUUGACUCCAUACGGCAUUCUUCGGACAAAACGAAAUCCAGACACAGAUACAUACAUAAUUUUCAACCCCUGGUGUGCAGAGGAUGCUGUGUUCCUGGAUGACGAGCGGGAACGACAAGAGUACGUCCUGAAUGACCUUGGAAUGAUUUUCUAUGGGGACCCUGACAAUAUAAGAACCAGGAGCUGGAAUUAUGGUCAGUUUGAAGAGGGUGUUUUGGAUGCUUGCCUGUACCUGAUGGAUCAAGCAAAACUGGAUUUGUCUGGCCGAGGAAAUCCUGUCAAAAUCAGCCGGGUUGGCUCUGCAGUGAUCAAUUCUCAAGAUGACCAGGGUGUGCUUGUAGGUUCUUGGAGCAACGUUUAUGACUAUGGAGUUGCACCAUCAGCCUGGACUGGAAGUGUAGACAUUCUGCUGGACUACUACAGUUCUAAAGAGCCAGUGCGGUAUGGCCAGUGCUGGGUCUUUGCUGGAGUCUUCAACACUUUUUUGAGAUGCAUAGGAAUUCCUGCAAGAGUUAUCACUAACUACUCCUCAGCCCAUGACAAUGAUGCCAACCUACAGCUGGAUGUCUUUUUAGAUGAGGAGUCAAAGGUGGAUAAUAAACUCACAAAAGACUCAAUCUGGAAUUACCAUUGCUGGAAUGAGGCUUGGAUGGCCAGACCUGACCUUCCUGUCGGCUUUGGAGGGUGGCAGGCUGUGGACAGCACUCCCCAAGAAAACAGCGACGGCAUGUACCGGUGUGGUCCCGCUUCAGUUCAAGCCAUUAAACAUGGGCAUGUCUGCUUCCAGUUUGAUUCUCCUUUCAUCUUUGCAGAGGUUAACAGUGAUGUUGUCUACUCGAACGUUAUGACAAAUGGGAAGAAGGAGGUUAAAUAUAUUGACAAGACCCACAUUGGGAAACUAAUUCUGACCAAGGCACUGGGUACGGAUGAAAAAAUGGAUGUUACUGAGACCUACAAAUUCAAAGAAGGCACAGAGGAAGAAAGGCUGGCCCUUGACACUGCCCUGAUGUACGGUGUUAAAAAGGUUGCCCAGGAUGUUUUGCCCAGUGCAGAGGUCGACAUGGACUUUCAAGUGGAAGAUUCGACAAUUGGCAGCGACUUCAAAGUCAACAUUACUUUCAGAAAUAACACCCAGAACCGCUACACUGUGAAGUCUUAUCUUUCCGGAAACAUUGUGUUUUAUACUGGAGUCUCCAAGACGGAAUUCAAGAACCACAGUUUUGACGUGACGCUGGAACCGGCGAAAACUCAAACUACCGAGGUGCUAAUCAAGGCCAGCGAGUACAUGAGCCGGUUGCUGGAACAAGCUUCCCUGCAUUUCUUCGUCACAGCCCGUGUCAACGAAACACAGAAGAUCCUGGCCAAGCAGAAAAGCGCUGCGCUAAAAAUCCCACAAGUGCUCCUUAAGGUUCCUGGUGAGAAAGUAGUCGGCAAGGAAAUGACAGUGAUAGUGGAAUUCACCAACCCGCUGAAUCGGGAACUGACAGAUGUUUUGGUGCGACUUGAUGGGCCUGGUCUACUGCGUCCCACCUCAAAGAAGUUUAGAAACCUCUCAAAGAAUUCAACCUUGACCUGGGAAGAAAAAUGUAUUCCAAAGCGGGCCGGCCUCCGAAAGCUGAUUGCAAGCCUGAAUUGUGAUGCCAUACGGCAUGUCUACGGCGAACUGGACAUUGAUAUUCAAAGUGCUGCGUAAAGAGAUUUUCUUCCCCCUUCUUUCAUUUCCCCCCGCCCUCCCCAGGAUUUCAGAAAAUUCAUUACAAAAGGGUAUUCUUCCAAGGGUAUGUGCACAUUUUCUAUAUAUGUACCCGAUUUUGCUUCUUUUUCGGAAGCCACCCUAUAGUAUUUUCAAACUUUAAAACCCUCACAAUCAGCAAAUUAAAGCAUAGAAUAAUACUCUGCGAAAUUUUCUUGCACAAGCCCUUGUAGAGGGAAAACAGGUCCAGAGCACAGGAAACCAAUUUUGUGCCUUGCAUUGGGUUUAUGCAAGAGAACUUCUCAGUGCCGGGUUGCCAACCUCCAGGUGGGGCCUGGAGAUCUCCUGGGAUUACAACUGAUCUCCAGACAACAG